UUCCAACUCGCCGCCAGUUCUGCCUGGCAAAACACGGCCUUUCUCCUCGUUUCUGCACCUUCGACACAUCCCUACUCUGCUUUUCUCUCUUUGUCCUGUCAGCUUCAUAGCCCGUUUUUGAUCUUUGAUUUGGGAGCCUUUCCUUCAAUCGGUAGCUCGUUUUAUUUUAUUAUUCUUUUUUUUUUUUUUUUUUGGUUUGCAAGAAGCUCAAGCGCUCGUUUCAAACUACUGGUGAUAGCACAUCCAAAAUACCUCCCUUGACCGGCUCGUCUCUUACCCCUCCGCCCUUCACCCACUGGGCUUGGACACCUAUCUACCUUCCCUCUCCUCUUACGAACAGGUUGGCCUUUGUGACCGUGACGCUGCGAAACCCCCUAACCCCCCCCUCCGUCGAUGAGGUUAACCCACCUCAAACUCCCAGGCCGUCGUUCUCGCAGUCCAGUAUCACCACAUCCCAAGAGUGCAGCCAUGCCUCCUUCAGGAAUUCAGACUCCCCACAAGGAUGAUAUUGACGAAACAUGGGCGUAUCUGGAAAAGGGUGUCGAGCGGGUUAUGACCCAGUUGGAGGGUGGGAUUGACAUGCUUACGUAUAUGGGCGUUUACACGGCCGUUCACAACUUCUGCACCUCCCAAAAAGCCAUUUCAACCCCUAGCAGUCCAGCGUCACAUGGUGGCCAUCGUGGAGCCCACCUUCUUGGAGAGGAACUAUAUAAUCUCCUCGGCAUAUAUCUCUCCCGUCAUCUCAAUGACGUUUACGAAUCCUCCCUAAGCCAUUCUGAUGAAUCUCUGUUGGCAUUUUACAUCCGCGAGUGGACUCGUUACACCACAGCAGCACAAUAUAUCAAUCAUCUUUUCAAAUACCUUAACCGUCAUUGGGUAAAACGAGAAGUUGAUGAGGGGAAGAAAGAUAUUUACGACGUCUACACCCUCCAUCUGGUAAAAUGGAAGGAAGAUUUCUUCAAGAAGGUGCAAAAGAGCGUCAUGGAUGCCGUACUGAAGCUCGUGGAGAAGCAACGGAAUGGCGAAACCAUUGAACAGUCCCAAAUUAAAAGUAUCGUCGACUCAUUCGUCUCCCUCGGUCUCGAUGAGAAUGAUAGUACAAAGUCCACGCUGGUGGUAUACCAGUUCUACUUCGAGAAGCCUUUCAUAGAGGCUACCAGAGUCUACUAUGAAAACGAGUCAAAGCGGUUUGUAGCUGAAAACAGCGUGGUGGAGUACAUGAAAAAGGCGGAAGCUCGCCUCGAAGAAGAACGGGCCCGGGUUGACCUCUACCUUCACCCCGACAUCACCAAAAAUUUAACGGAAACAUGCUUGGAUGUCCUGGUGACUGCUCAUUCCCCGCUACUGCGGGAUGAAUUCCAAGCUCUUCUAGAUACCGAACGUCAAGAUGAUCUUGCCCGUAUGUAUCGAUUGCUUUCUCGAAUUAAGGACGGUUUAGACCCGUUACGUAACAAAUUUGAGACCCACGUUCGGAAAGCUGGGCUUGCGGCUGUCGAAAAAGUGGCGCCUAAUGGAGAUGCGGUCGAGCCCAAGGUCUACAUUGAUGCCCUGUUACAGGUUCAUACCAAGUACCAAUCUAUGGUAAACAAUGCCUUUGCGGGAGAGUCGGAGUUUGUCCGCUCGCUGGAUAAUGCUUGUCGAGAAUUUGUCAACCGUAAUACAAUUUGCAGCACAAGUUCGACGAAGUCUCCUGAACUGCUUGCUCGGUACACUGAUUCCCUUCUGAAGAAGGGAGUUAAAUCUCCAGAAGAGUCGGAAUUGGAAGAGAUGCUUGUUCAGAUCAUGACUGUCUUCAAGUAUAUUGAAGACAAGGACGUUUUCCAGAAGUUCUAUUCUAGAAUGCUGGCCAAACGCCUCGUGCAUGUCAGCUCCGUUUCUGAUGAUGCGGAAACCAGCAUGAUUAGCAAACUGAAAGAGGCCUGUGGCUUCGAAUAUACGAAUAAACUCCAGCGAAUGUUCCAGGACAUCCAAAUCUCGAAGGAUCUCAACGCCAGCUACCGGGAUUGGCAAGAGAAGGUCCUGGAUGACGAGGACAGGAAGAAGCUAGUGGACCCCCAUUUCCAGAUCCUCGGAACGGGAUUCUGGCCCCUUACCGCUCCGACAACCCAAUUCAUCCCCCCCCAGGAAAUCGUCAAGACAACAGAGCGAUUUAAGAACUUCUACUUUGACAAACACAACGGUCGCAAACUUACAUGGCUAUGGAAUCUAUGCAAGGGCGAGAUCCGUGCGAACUACAUCAAAAACACAAAAGUACCAUAUACAUUCCAGGUAUCGACCUACCAGAUGGGAAUCCUCCUCCUGUUUAACGAAAGCGACACGCUGAGCUUCUCCGAUAUCGAAAAGGGGACAGCACUCGCGCCGGAGGCUCUCGAACCUAACCUUGGUAUCCUCGUCAAAGCUAAAGUUGUGAUCCCUUCACCCGAGAACGGCAAACCAUGUCCUGGAACCUCCUAUUCUCUAAACUACAAUUUCAAAGCAAAGAAGAUUAAAGUCAACCUUAACAUCUCCGUCAAGUCGGAACAAAAGCAUGAGACGGAUGACACGCACAAGACUAUUGAUGAGGAUAGGAAACUUCUCCUCCAGUCGGCCAUUGUCCGUAUCAUGAAAUCCCGUAAAAAGAUGAAACACGUCCAACUCGUGCAGGAGGUGAUCCAACAAGUGAAAGCCCGCUUCCCGCCCAAGGUACCGGAUAUCAAAAAGAAUAUCGAAGCGCUGAUGGAGAAGGAGUAUAUUGAGCGGCUGGAUGGGGACGAUUUGGCGUAUAUUGCUUAAAGGCCUUGUUCUCUUCUCUUUUUCCCUUUCUAAUCAUAUUCGACGAGCAGCAGCAGCAACAAAUGAAGCGGGCGAAGGAUAAGGGGCGGCAGGGAAGUGAAAGGUAGAAAUAGACAGAAGUUAUGUAUCCAUACGGCGAAGGUGAGGGGAUAUAUUUGGGAAGAGGGGGAAGAGGCGGAUGAAACGAUACCAAAGCGCCGGACGGAGAAGAAAGAGAAGGAAAAUAAGGAGAGAAGGGGUUAGGAAGGCAUCAAUUUGCAAGAGUAAUAAAUUGCAAAAAAAAAAAAAAAAACGCGAAGAAGACAGCCAACCACAUCAACAAUAACACCAACUCAACAGUACUAAUUUUCUUUGCUGAUUCGGAUCUCUCUACUCUGUACUUCAAACCAAAUGAAUGUCUGUCGAGUUCUUUAUCUGCAGAGUCAGUCUGUUGUAUACAAUGUGAGCAGACAUUGACUUAGCUCAUUUGAUAUGCUUAGUAUCUGUUUGCCGUUUUCAUCUAAUUCUUCAAGUAUGAAAAGAAGUCUUCUAUUGUAAUAUAUGUGAUUCAAAGGCUUCUUAUAUAUAAGAUAAAAUAAUUAGUGGAGUCACUAGGUGUAACGUGGCGGAACCGAAGCAGUAGCUAAACAGCAGCGUCACGUAGGUAGUAUCUAGUGAGAAGCUG